UCUUCAAGUCUGGGCUGCAAUGGCUCAGUCAAUGGUUUGUCAUAUUAUGUUACUUGUGAUGUUCGUCCUUGUGGAAUUUGGUGACGCAAAUACUCCACCGGGAAUUGCUAACAAUCCUAGCCAUGCAACUUGUAAGGACCCGAGUUACAAAGAAUGUCACAACUUGGUGCAUGUUUGUCCUAAGUUUUGUCCGGAUAGCUGCACUGUUCAUUGUCAAUCAUGCAAACCUAUUUGUGGCAGCGACACCGCACCAUCACCACCAGAAAUAGAACCACCUCCCACUGUUACUCCUUCACCGCCGGUGUAUACACCUCCGUCACCAACACCAACACCAAAGCCGUCAUCACCACCUCCACCAACCCCUUCACCACCAACAUCCUCCUCACCACCUCCCACCACCUCUUCACCACCUAAACCAACCUCACCACCUCCCACAACCCCUUCACCACCAACAGAGUCCACACCUCUAACACCAACACCUUCCUCACCACCUCCCACCACACCUUCACCACCAACAGAGUCCACAUCACCCACACCCACCUCUCCUUCCCCACCGGUAGAGCACACACCACCAACACCAACGCCGUCAUCACCACCUCCACCAACCCCUUCACCACCGACAUCCUCCUCACCAUCUCCCAUCACCCCUUCACCACCUAUAGAAUACACACCUCCGACGCCUACACCAUCCUCACCACCUCCCACAACCCCUUCACCACCAACAGAGUCCACACCUCUAACACCAACACCUUCCUCACCACCUCCCACCACACCUUCACCACCAACAGAGUCCACACCACCCGCCUCUCCUUCCCCACCGAUAGAGCACACACCACCAACACCAACGCCGUCAUCAUCACCUCCACCAACCCCUUCACCACCGACAUCCUCCUCACCAUCUCCCACCACCCCUUCACCACCUAUAGAAUACACACCUCCGACACCUACACCAUCCUCACCACCUCCCACAACCCCUUCACCACCAACAGAGUCCACACCUCUAACACCAACACCUUCCUCACCACCUCCCACCACACCGCCUCCUACAUGGUCUGCUUCACCUUCUAAACCAAAAAAAGUCAAGUGCAAAAACCACAACUACCCAAAAUGUUACGCCUUCGAGCAUGUCUGUCCUGCUUCUUGUCCUGGUCAGUGUGAAGUUGAUUGUGUUACUUGCAAGCCAGUUUGCAAUUGUGAUAUGCCUGGAGCAGUGUGUCAAGAUCCUCGUUUCAUUGGUGGUGACGGCAUCACUUUCUACUUCCAUGGAAAGAAGGAUCAAGAUUUCUGCCUUGUUGCCGAUAACAACCUCCACAUCAAUGGCCACUUCAUUGGCAAGAGAAACAAAAACAUGGGUAGAGACUUUACCUGGGUCCAAUCUAUUGGGGUUCUUUUUAACAACCACAAAGUACAAAUCAGUGCGCAAAAGACUUCCUCUUGGGAUGACACCAUUGACCGAAUCUCUGUUACAUUUGAUGGGGAAAACAUUUAUCUCCCAAAAACCGAAGGUGCCAAAUGGCAAUCUUCUACGACAUCAAUUACUAGGACACAUGACACCAAUCAUAUCAUUGUUGAAGUUGAAAACCUCUACAAGAUCACAGCCAAAGUGGUUCCUAUAACAAAAGAAGAAUCAAGAAUCCAUAAGUAUGAUAUAACCAAUGAUGAUUGCUUUGCCCAUCUUGAUCUCAAGUUCAAGUUCUUCUCCUUGAGUAAUGAAGUGGACGGAGUUCUGGGACAGACUUAUAGGAAUGACUAUGUGAGCAAGGUGAAGAUGGGGGUGUUAAUGCCUGUGAUGGGAGGAGAUAGUAAGUUUGUGAGUACAAAUUCUUUUGCGACUGAUUGUUCUGUUGCAAAGUUUAAGGGUAUCCAGGAAGACGGUUCCUCAUUCAACUUGCAGUUGCCAAGCUUGAGCUGCCAAAGCGGUAUAGAAGGGCGAGGCGUCGUAUGCAAGAGAUAG